AUGGAACAACAUUAUAGUAUUCGUACUUAUUUUAAACUUAAUAGAGUGUUCAUGGUUAGUUCAGGGGUUUGGCCAUAUCAACCGCUGCACGUAGCUCGAAUAAUUCGGUUGCUUUGGAUAACACAACAUAUUAGCAUUAUGACUCCAGAGAUUAUUAAACUGAUUGAAGUUAGAGGUAUGGCCGACCUUUUACUGGAAUGUAUACCGUCAGUUUUUUACAACAUUGUUAUCGCAGUUUUAUAUGGAACUACAAUUCAUCAUCAACGAAAGAUAAAGGAACUUAUUGAAAAAAUACAGAAAAACUGGAUAACAAUAUCGAAGAAAAGUGAAGUUGAAAUACUAACGCGUUAUUCUAACAUGGGAAUUAGAAUAGGUUGGCUGUACAUUGGCGCUCUUUAUUUUACGUUAUUUAUAUUUUGCCUGUUUCCCUUGUCGCCAAUUGUCAUGGAUUAUGUGAAUCCGUUGAACGUAUCAAGGCAAAGAUUACCACUGUACAGGGUUCAAUUUUUUGUUGACGAUAAAAAGUAUUAUUGGACUAUUUUAAUGCAUGCUUAUACGACGACGAUGAUUGGCAUUAUUCCUCUUCUAACAGUCGAUCUUUUUCUGGCAAAUUGUACUCAACACAUAUGUGGAAUGAUGCUAAUUCUCGGAAAACGAUUAGAAAAAACAAUGGAAACAACAAAAUUAGUUGUGAAUAAGCUUGAUGAUAAUAUUUAUAAAGAUAUAAGGAAAUGUACCAUUUUGCACACAGAAAUUCUUGAUUUUAUUGAAGAUAUAAAUUACAUUUUUAGUACAGCAUUUGGUAUUUUACUAGCAGUUCUAACGUUUUUGACAAGUUUUACGGGAAUUGUGGUUCUCAUUAAAUGGGGCGAUUGGAACGAAGUUAUUCGGUUUGGAAUGUUUACUAUGGCUGAAUUAUUUCAUGCAUUCUGCUAUAGCUAUCACAGUCAAGAUGUAAUAGAUCAUAACAAUCAAAUACAUAAAUCUAUAAUGAAUUCGGGAUGGUAUAAAUCUUCAAUGAGAACUAGAGUCCUUGUUCAAAUGAUGUUUUUACGAAGUAACAAACCAUGCCUCAUCAAUUGUAUAAUUUUCCCUCUAAGUAUGGAAAAUUUUACGACGAUCUUAAAAACAAUGUUUUCGUAUUUCACAGUCGUGAAAUCAUGCAGAUUCUAA